AUGACGUUGUCUACACUGACCAGCCUCGCGCUUGUAGCAACAGCGACGGCGCUUCCCUACUCCGAAUACAUUCUCGCGCCAAAAUCACGGACUGUACUCCCUGUCUCUAUACACAGCAGCAAUGGCUCCGUCGCGAACCCCGAGGCCCUUCUCCAAGGAGCGAGCAAUGGCAGCGCGGUAUUCACCGGUAACGCAUCCACAGCGUACGACUUCGGGAUCAACAUUGCAGGAAUCGUGAGUGUGAGUGUGGGCGGUAGCGUAGAUCCGACCGAGGAUUACAUCGGUGUUACGUUCUCUGAGAGUUCGCUGUGGAUUAGCAAUCGGAGCAGCGAUGCUACUGCUGAUGCGGGCAAGGACGAGACGCUGUGGUUUCGUGUGAAUGGGACGGGCAAGUAUACGGCGCCGAGAGAUAAGAUGAGGGGUGGGUUCAGAUAUAUGACGUUGGUGCAUAAUGGGACGGGGAGUCUGGAGGUUACGGGGGCGGAGGUGCAUUAUACGGCUAUGCCGCAUUGGGCGGACGAUGCAAUUGGGAAUUAUACUGGGUAUUUUCAUUGCGAUGUAGAUGAGCUGUUGAAUCGGAUUUGGUAUGCGGGAGCGUAUACGAAUCAGUUGUGUACCAUACCACCGGAUACGGGCAAUGCUUUAGUGCAUUUGGGGGAAACGGGAUACUCGAGUACGGAUGACCAGAGUCCGGUGAAUGUUACGUGGUAUAACAACUAUACGAUCACUCAAGGCACGAGUGCUUUGGUGGAUGGAGCGAAGAGGGAUAGGCUUGUUUGGGCUGGAGACAUGGCCAUUGCUGUACCCGCAGUGGUCGUAUCCACAAACGAUGUCGUCUCGGUUGAAAACGCUCUCAACUCACUCUUUGCUAUUCAGAACCAAACAACUGGCACGCUGCCCUAUGCCGGUCGACCUUUUUUCCCUUUGGUAUCGUUCACAUACCAUCUUUACACUUUGAUCGGUGUAGCAGAUCACUACCUUUACACUGGCGACAUGUCGUACCUACGAUCUCUAUGGGAGCCAUACAAAUUCGCUCUUUCAUUUUCGCUUAGCAACAUUGAUUCGACUGGUCUCAUGAACGUGACUACGCCGCAGGACUGGCUCCGCGAAGGAAUGGGCGGACACAAUAUUGAGGCAAACGCCAUUCUCUACUACACCAUCUACCAAGCCAUUUACCUUGCUGGAGCUCUCAACGACACUGCAAAUGUGUCAGAUUGGCGUGAGACGGCCGAGCGCAUCAAAGUGGCCGCCAACGAGCUCCUCUGGGACGAGGAAGUGGGCAUGUACAAGGACAACGAGACAACGACACUAAAUCCUCAGGAUGGAAACGCCUGGGCCGUUGUCGCCAACCUUACUCAAAGUGCGGAACAGACUUCUUUGAUAAGCAAUCGUCUGGUUGAGCGAUGGACAAAGUACGGUGCGCCUGCGCCGGAAGCCGCAGACGCCAUUUCACCAUUCAUCUCGGGCUUUGAGCUGCAAACGCACUUCCUCGCACGCAACGUAACGGCUGCUCUGGACCUCAUGCACUUGCAAUGGGGUUUCAUGCUCGACGAUCCGCGCAUGACCAAUUCGACUUUUAUCGAGGGUUACAGCGUUACUGGAGAGUUGCACUAUGCGCCAUACAACAACGACGCACGCAUCAGUCACGCACACGGCUGGGCAACCGGUCCUACGUCUUCGCUGACCCAGUAUAUUGCUGGCGUACAGCUAUUGACAGCCGGUGGAGCGACUUGGCGCAUUGCUCCCAAUCUGGGUGACAGUCUCAAGUUUGCGGAUGCAGGGUACAGCACGACGUUGGGGUUCUUCGGUGCAAAGACCCAGAUCCUGGAUAACAGCAAGGUAGUGCUGGAGUUCGAGGCACCCGAGGAAACGACGGGCGAAGUGCACAUUCCUGUGCUGAACUGCGGUGGCCGGGUUACCUUAUGUGAAGCACAGAGUUCAAGCGAGGACUGCGUUGUGGAUAUUAGCGUGAGCGCAGGUGAACAGGAAAGUGUAGUGUUGCAGGAUGUGGCUGGCGGCAAGUGGACAGCUACAUUCCAGUGUUCGGAGUAG